GUGUGGCGGGGCUGGCUGUGUGUACGUUCCGCGCAUGCUCAGUAGGCUCAGCGCAGAUGUAUCGCAAUGGCUGCCUCUGCAGCAGGAAUAAACAAGCAGGUCUCACUGACUACCAUGGAGCCGUGCGUUCGCCACGGUCGGGUGGCCAACGGAGGCACCGUCAAGGUGCUGGAGUGCGGCGUGUGUGAGGACGUCUUCUCCCUCCAAGGCGACAAGGUGCCCCGCCUGCUGUUGUGCGGGCACACCGUGUGCCACGACUGCCUCACCCGGCUACCCCUGCACGGCCGGGCGGUCCGCUGCCCCUUCGACCGGCAGGUGACGGAGCUCGGCGACUCUGGAGUGUGGGGUCUGAAGAAGAACUUUGCUCUGCUGGAGCUUCUGGAGCGACUGCAGAACGGCGCCACCAACCAGUUGGGAACGGCAGAGGACGCUCUGAAGGGAAUGGGCGAGCGCGUCAUCCGCUGCGACGAGGACGAGAGCCACACGGCCACCGUGUACUGCACCGUGUGCGCCACCCACCUGUGCGCCGAGUGCUCGCAGCUAAGCCACUCCACGCGCACGCUGGCCAAGCAUCGGCGGGUGCCGCUGGCCGACAAGCCGCACGAGAAGACGCUGUGCCCGCAGCACCAGGUGCACGCCAUCGAGUUCGUGUGCCUGGAGGAGGCGUGCCAGCCCGGCCCGCUCAUGUGCUGCGUGUGCAAGGAGUAUGGCAAGCACCAGGGACACAAGCACGCCGUCCUGGAGACGGAGGCCAACCAGAUCCGGGCCUCCAUCCUGGACAUGGCGCACUGCAUCCGCACGUUCACGGAGGAAGUGUCGGACUACUCCAGGAAGUUGGUGGGGAUCGUGCAGCAGAUCGAGGGCGGCGAGCAGAUCGUGGAGGACGGCGUGGGCAUGGCGCACACGGAACACGUGGCCGGCACGGCGGAGAGCGCUCGCUCCUGCGUGCGCGCCUACUUCGCCGACCUCCACGAGACGCUGUGUCGUCAGGAGGAGAUGGCGCUCAGCGUGGUGGACGCCCACGUCCGCGAGAGGCUCAUUUGGCUGAGGCAGCAGCAGGAGGACAUGACCAUCCUGCUGUCCCAGGUGUCCACCGCCUGCCUCCACUGCGAAAAGACGCUUCAGCAGGACGACUGCAGGGUCGUACUGGCCAAGCGGGAGAUCAACUGUCUGCUGGAGACGCUUCAGAAGCAGCAGCAUCAGUUCACCGAGUUGGCCGACCACAUCCAGCUGGACGCCGGCAUCCCGGUCACCUUCACCAAGGACAACCGCGUUCACAUCGGUCCCAAGAUGGAGAUCCGCGUGGUGACUCUGGGCCUGGAUUGCGCUGGCAAAACCACCAUCCUCUUCAAGCUCAAGCAGGAUGAGUUCAUGCAGCCCAUUCCCACCAUCGGUUUCAACGUGGAGACGGUGGAAUACAAGAACUUGAAAUUCACCAUCUGGGACGUGGGCGGAAAGCAUAAGCUGAGGCCCUUGUGGAAACACUAUUAUCUGAACACUCAAGCGGUGGUGUUUGUUAUUGACAGCUGUCAUCGGGAUCGACUGAUGGAGGCGCACAGCGAGCUGGCCAAGCUGCUGACUGAGAAGGAGCUGAGAGAUGCCCUGCUCCUCAUCUUUGCCAACAAACAGGACGUUCCCGGGGCCCUUUCUGUGGAGGAGAUGACGGAGCUGCUGAGCCUGCACAAGCUGUGCUGCGGCAGGAGCUGGCACAUUCAGGGCUGCGACGCCCGCAGCGGGAUGGGCCUCCACGAAGGCCUGGAUUGGCUCUCCAGGCAGCUGGUGGCUGCGGGCGUCCUGGACGUGGCCUAGAACGUCCCGCGGACAUCGGCGCUUUGAUGACGCCCCGGGAGUGCUUCUCUGCCAACAAAAACUUGACGGUACACGUUGGAAGAGCUUUGACACGUACUACCGCUGUGUUCCUCUGAGGGGAGACGCUGAGCUACUGAAAAAGCCCGCCACCUCCCCACCCUACAAGAAGGUUUUUUUCUUCUUGCGGGGUGGGCCUUUCCAGUAUGGAAAGCAGGUUAUCGAGCAGAGCGAUUAAGUGCUCAUUCAUUCGCCAUUCUUAAUAUUGUUAGCCCAGUAAUGUGAUUGCCUUUUUUUUUUUUUUUUUUUACACACACACACCCUCACAGACUUGUGAUUCCGAAAAGCGUUUUGUCUUGUUUUCCCAAAAUGUUUAGAUAUGACUCAGGCAACUCUGCUAUUAAGCUAACAAUAUCCAGCGUAAUCGUAAUUUCUUUGUCCUCACUAGUAGAUAGUUCAGUGCACUAGUAAAACAACAAUGGCGUACUGCAAUUAUUAUUAUUAUUUUUUUUUGCAAGUGCCCGACUGCUUUGGGCCUACUAGUGUGAAAUGAAACAUUAAGUCAACUCCUGUGCUGCACACGCAGCCCACAAGCGGCACCACAGUCCAAUUUGGGGAAACGGAGGAUUUCUUCGAUUGAAUCAUAUAAAGGUAGAGGAAUGAAUGUGAAUAUUGCACCCUAGGUUUUUCUUUCUUUUUUAACAAGUGAGGACAAACGGCGUACUAGUACAUGGACCUUAAGGCUGGAUUUCAGUCAUUGAAUAAAUGCUCGCUGCAGGGAGGGUACGCAAUAGUAGCUGAUGUUUCUUGGGCAAGUGAGAAUUCUAUUGUUGGGUUUGUGCUCUUACAGAACAAGUUUACUGACAAUAUUUAUUGUAUUGAAUUCAAAGGUUUUUUUGUUUUUCCUUUUGCACAUUAACAUGGAGCAAAGGCACCUGCUGUCUGCUGCCUCGCUGCCGUCGGGCGGGCAAAUUUUCAAACGCCUCCUUCCAGUAUUGACGUGACGACUCUGGACGCUCUUGCGGAAAACGUUGGUUAGCUUAAUCCGUCAUGCGAUGUGAACCUGUGAACCCCCCCCCCCCCUCCUCCUGCCACUUCAUCAGCAAGUACAACACAACCUUUGACCUUAUUCAUUGCCAUCUACAGUAAUGUUAACUACUUGUGUAACCCCCCCCCCCAAAAAAAAAUAA